AUGGGCUCUUCGCAAAGCCACGCAGGCACCGACGCCAAAGACAAAUCCCUCUACCGGAAGUACCAGGACGCCAAAGGCCCCAAGCCCAUCAAAGACGAAGACAUCCUCAAGUACACGGGCAAGACGCGCGACCAGCUGCACGCCUGGGCCGACGAGACGCCCGGCGUGGGCAGGAACCAGCUCGCGGGCAAGCUCGCCCUCGGCCCCGCUUCCGGGCUAGGGGGGGCCGCGGCGGCAGCGGGAUACGGCGGCUGGGGAACAGACGCCGAACCACGGGGGCCGAGUCGCGGCAUGAAGUUUCCGCCCGGACGCGACGGCGGGGAAGAGGAGCAGCAGGAGUCUUUGAGGGGAGUGGUCAAGCCAAAAAGGUAA